AUGCCGCCCACGACGACGGGCUACGCGCCCGACCUGGACAAGUAUCUCAGGUCCCUCAAGGGCCAACCGUUGGAGGCAUCUAUCGAAACCCUGACCUCGUGCGCCUCCCCUCCCCUCCCCUGCCCCCUUGCCGAGUUCCUCCGUCGGUCGGACAAGACAGCAUCAAAGGCUAACCGAACGCACCUCAUCCACUGCAGGCUCCUGAAGCGGAGACAGAUCUGCGGAUCCGAGCCUUGCGCCGUCGCCACCGCACACAUCCUCCUCCAGGUCGUCGCCAGAUCAAAAUGGCAUGACGUCGACUCCCUCCUCGAAAAGGUCUCGAGCACGGGUCGCCGACUGGUCGAGGCCCAGCCCCGGGAGCUCGUCGUCGCCAACAUCGUCCGACGCGUCCUCUCCCUCAUCCGCGACGAGGCCGCCGAGGACAGAAACGAGCCGUCGAGCGACUGCCAGAGCGAGGAACUCACGAGCCCGACCGACGUCGUCUCCGGCUCCAUCCGCCGCUCGCACGACUGGCCGCCGUCGGCGCGCACGACCCGCGAUUCGACGGCCGAUGCGGCGGGCCACACCGGCGUCGUCCCGGCACCGACGAGGCCGGGACUGCUGCCUACCUACAGCGCCGUCAGCGUUACCAAGUCCUUGUUCCACCUCCUCUCCGCCUCGCCUCCCUCCGACGGGUUCCCCAUGAUGGCUCCCGGUUCCCCCUUCCCCAACUCGGGCACGUCAACGCCCACCCACAACAAGGGGGCCGUCCCCUUCAGCCAGGUGCACGCCCUUCGCUCCGAGGUCAUUGACGGAAUCGAGGAGAUCAAGGACGAGAUCAGCCAGGUCGACGACCAGAUCGCCGCUCUCGCCGAGGUCCAGAUCCACCCGGGAGACCACGUCCUCGUCCAUCAGCCCUCACCGACGGUCGAGAGGUUUCUCCUCCGCGCCGCACUCAAGCGCCGAUUUACCGUCUUGAUCGUCGCCGAGCCGCCGCGCAAGCAAGGCGAGCCCGUCCCCGACGGCGCCUUGAGGAAGAAGCUCCUCGCCGCCGGCAUCCAGGUGACGACAGUCAGGAACUCGAUCCCCAUGGCCUACAUGUCACGCGUCGACAAGGUCAUCCUGGGCGCCCGCGCCGUUGUGGCCAACGGUGGUGUCGUGACGGACCAUGGUGCCUCCACCAUUGCACGAGCGGCCAAGGAUCAAGGGAACGCCGUCAUCGUCCUGUCAGGCGUCUACAAGCUGAGCCCAGAGAAUCCAUUUGACGAGCUGUCUUUGAUCGAGUGGGGUGGCUCCUCCACCUUUGUCGGCUUUGACGACGGUUCCAUGGUCAACGGGGCCGAGGUUCGCAGCGACGUGACUGAGCUGGUGCCGCCGGAGCUCAUUGACACCUACAUCACAAACCUCGGUACCCAUUCGCGGGAGCACCUGUCCAGCUUGAUUGAGGACCACUACAACCACGAGGACGCCGCCUUUCAUCUUUGCAGCGCGACCCACCCCUGA